AUGAACAAUCAGAGUCCACCAAUGUCCACCGAAGAUUUCGAGAUCGGUGAUGAGAUAACCGUUACCCUACCAGAACCGCCGCCGAAUCCUCCUAGUCGUCUUUGGGAGACAUUGAGAGAUGAACACCACAAGUAUUUACCUCUAUCUCAUGCUAUAAGUCAUGGAGACUUGGAAGGUGUGAAAAUUCACCUAGACCAGAAUCCAGAAGCCUUGAGUGAAUGGAUAGACAACACCGAGACACCAUUGCUUAAAGCUUGUAACUCUGGACAAUUAGAGAUCGUCAAAGAACUGUUAAGAAGAAUGAAAACCUUCGAACAGUUGUCGACCCCGAGAGUAAAACAGACUCAUUCCCGCCUUACACCACUUAUAGUUGUUGCGGCCACCGGGAAUUUGGAGAUCGCCAAGGUUUUGGUUGCAAAGUGCCCCAAGCUCACUGAGAUUCCUAGUAGUUGUGGGGUAUUUAUACCCGUCUUAAAGGCAUCUCUUGAUGGCCACAAAGAGAUGACAAGAUUUCUUUAUCACCGAACCCCUAUUUCCAUUUUACUCGCUAAUGAAGGACAAUUUGGUUCCCGUAUCCUUUCAAAUGUUAUACAAUACGGAUUUCUCGAUGUUGCUUUGGAGAUUUUUGAAGCGUGCCCAGGCUUGAUACUCAGUUCAGGCAUAGAUGAACGUCAAGGUAUUCCACUAAAUCAUUUGGCUCAAAACGCUGAAUUGUUUAGGAGCAGCUGUGAUCUUCCAUGGUGGAGCCAAAUGAUCUACUCGUGUAUAGAAGUAGGUCCGCCAAAUGAUCAAGAGGCUUCAAUUUCAAGCCAAUAUAGAAGGCUACUCUGGAUGGUACUUCAACUUCUUCCGAAAUGGUUUGGAAUUAAGCGCAUAAAUGAAAUGAAAGAGUCACACAUCAAAGCUCACAGUUUUCUAAAGCUAGUGUGCGACUAUAUAUCUCCCAAGAUCAAGGAUGCACGUUGGGUGGUUGCUGCCGGUAGAUCACUAAUAUACGCGACGAUGAAGGGUAACAGGGAAUUUGUGGUCGAGAUUAUCAAAUCUAACCCUCAUCUUCUACGGGACUUUCAGGCUGAUUACAAAAAUAUCUUUCAAUUGGCUGUUCAAGGCCGGAACUCGAAGAUCUUCAACCUAAUCUAUGGGAUGGGUGAUAGAAAGAAAAUAUUGCUUAGUGAGCAAGACAAUGUUAACAACUCGGUUCUUCACGUUGCUGGAGCUCUGUCCUCUUCUGAUGAACUCUCUAAGGUUUCUGGUGCUGCUCUCAAGAUGCAAAGAGAAAUUCAAUGGUACAAGGAAGUGGAGAGCCUAAUUCCAGUAGUAACAACAACAGUAUACAAUCUUAAGGGACAGAAGCCACGUGAGGUAUUCGAAGAAGCUCAUGAGCCACUCCGGAAAGAAGCAGAGGAAUGGAUGAAAUACACUGCUUCUGCUUGUAGCUUCGUCGCAGCUCUCAUUGCAACGGUUACAUUCCAAGCCAUAUUCACUGUCCCUGGAGGUACAGAUGACUCAUCUGGGGACCCUCUCCAUCUGACAGACUCUCGUUUCAUGAUCUUCACAAUCGCCGACACGCUAUCCUUCUUCGCGUCUUGUACUUCCGUCCUAAUAUUUCUCACUAUCCUAACCUCGAGAUACUCAUUUGAUGACUUCCUCGUCUCACUACCCAAAAAGAUGAUUUUGGGUCUCUCCAUUAUGUUCUUCUCCAUAGCAGCCAUGCUUGUGGCCUUCUCAACUGCGCUUUUCACGAUGCUACGCAAGACGCCAUUGCUAGUGAUUCCGGUAUUGCCACUAGCUUGCCUACCCGCCACGCUCUUUGUGUUGCUCCAGUAUCCUCUUCUCAAGGAGAUGAUUUCGUCUACAUAUGGAAACAACCUCUUCAAACGUGACACCAAACCUUGGUUCUAA